GAAAGCGAGGAGUCAGCUGGCGCUCCAGGCAGCUGAGGACUGUGCGGCGCCGAGGUGCAGGGGACUGAGAUGGCUUCGAGCGUGGGGCGACAGCUGCUGCGAUUCAGGGGUGGCAGCUCGCGGCCCAGCGCGCUCUUGGGGCAGCCCCGACCCGGUCCGACCCAGCGAGCUUAUGUCAGCGGGGCUGCUCAGACGGCUGUGGACAAGUCAGAUUCCCUCUCCUCUGAUGCCUCCACCAAGGAAAGCCAGGCCAAGGUGGAAUCUAAGUCCUUUGCUGCAGGGAUGUUUAAGGGCCAGCUCACCACCAAUCAAGUGUUCCCAUACCCAUCUGUGCUCAAUGAGGAGCAGACUCAGUUUCUCAAAGAGCUGGUGGGGCCCGUGUCCCGUUUCUUCGAGGAGGUGAACGAUCCUGCCAAGAAUGAAGCUUUGGAGCGGGUAGAGGAGACCACCUUGAAGGGCCUCAAGGAGCUGGGGGCCUUUGGUCUGCAAGUGCCCAGUGAGCUGGGUGGCGUGGGCCUCUGCAACACCCAGUAUGCCCGCUUGGUGGAGAUCGUGGGCACGCAUGACCUUGGCGUGGGCAUCACCCUCGGGGCUCAUCAGAGCAUCGGUUUCAAAGGCAUCCUGCUCUUUGGCACGAAGGCCCAGAAAGAAAAAUACCUCCCCAAACUGGCAUCUGGGGAGACUAUGGCCGCUUUCUGUCUAACGGAGCCCUCCAGUGGGUCCGAUGCAGCCUCCAUCCGAAGCUCAGCUGUACCCAGCCCCUGUGGAAGUUAUUAUACCCUCAACGGAAGCAAGAUUUGGAUCAGUAAUGGGGGCCUGGCAGAAAUCUUCACAGUCUUUGCCAAAACACCGGUUAAAGAUGCAUCCACGGGCACCACGAAAGAGAAGAUCACAGCUUUUGUGGUGGAGAAGAGCUUUGGGGGUGUUACCCAUGGGCCCCCUGAGAAGAAGAUGGGCAUCAAAGCCUCGAACACAGCAGAGGUGUACUUUGAUGCGGUGCGGGUGCCAUCGGAGAACGUGCUGGGUGAGGUGGGAGGCGGCUUCAAGGUCGCCAUGCACAUUCUCAACAAUGGAAGGUUUGGCAUGGCUGCAGCCCUUGCAGGCACCAUGAAGGGCAUCAUUGCUAAGGUGGUGGAUCAUGCUACUAACCGUACUCAGUUUGGGGAGAAAAUUCACAACUUUGGGAUGAUUCAGGAGAAGCUGGCCCGCAUGGCAAUUCUGCAUUAUGUGACUGAGUCCAUGGCUUACAUGGUGAGUGCCAACAUGGACCAGGGAUCCAAGGACUUCCAGAUAGAGGCCGCCAUCAGCAAAAUCUUUGGCUCGGAGGCAGCCUGGGCGGUGGCAGAUGAGUGCAUCCAAGUCAUGGGGGGCAUGGGCUUCAUGAAGGAGGCCGGGGUAGAACGCGUGUUGCGCGAUCUUCGAAUCUUCCGGAUCUUUGAGGGGACGAAUGAUAUUCUCAGGCUGUUUGUGGCUCUGCAGGGCUGUAUGGACAAAGGAAAAGAACUCUCUGGGCUUGGCAAUGCUCUGAAGAAUCCUUUUGGGAAUGCCGGCCUCCUGCUAGGAGAGGCAGGCAAACAGCUGAGACGGCGGGCAGGGCUGGGCAGUGGCCUGAGUCUCAGUGGAGUCAUCCACCCAGAGUUGAGUCGGAGCGGCAAGCUGGCAGUGGAGGCCCUGGAGCAGUUUGCCACGGUUGUGGAGGCCAAGCUGAUAAAACAUAAGACAGGGAUUGUCAAUGAGCAGUUUCUGCUGCAGCGCCUAGCAGAUGGUGCCAUUGACCUCUAUGCCAUGAUGGUGGUUCUGUCCAGGGCCUCAAGAGCUCUGAGUGAGAGCCACCCCACAGCCCAACAUGAGAAAAUGCUCUGUGACAGCUGGUGUAUUGAGGCCGCAGCCCGGAUCCAGAAGACCAUGGCCGCCCUGCAGUCGGACCCCCAGCAGCAGGAGCUCUUCCGCAACUUCAGAAGCAUCUCCCAGGCCUUGGUGGAGCAGGGUGGGGUGGCCACCAGGAACCCCCUUGGCUUCUGAGUGCUCCCACCCAGGGCCUGGCCCACUUAUGUGCCUUCUUUCAAGCCAAAGCCCAAGCCUCCUCCAGCUGGGCCCUGGUCCUGCCUUGAAGGGGGCCUCCUGUCCCCAGAACUAUGCCUCCUCUCAGAGGGAGCACUAACUGCCUCACAAAUAAUAAAGUUUCUGACAAGUUA